GCCAUCAUUUCAUUCAGUCAGCUGACGCAGUUUGUGAUGGUUGUUUGUUAGCGCGCUCCGAAAUUCGCCUUCAAAAUUUCUCUGGUUGUCUGUCGUGUAUUUUUAUUGUAAUUGUAAUAUUUGCAUUGAGUGCUUAACGGUUAGAGCUAAGUAAUUGUAGCAGGUUCGUGCAAAUAAAAUCAAAAAAUCAAUUAAUUGAUAUUAUAACAAAGCGAAACGAAAUAACGGUAAUAUUAUAUAAAUAAUACUAAAAUAAAUUGCAGUCGCUGUAAACGUCAAAGGAUACAACUACGCACGCUUUAACUGCGAAUCCUCUCGAGCGAACUUAACCAAAGCAACGCACACAAAAACAAUCGAUGAAGAUGGGUUCACCAGCCGUUAAGCAACACAAACGUGCCAGCAAAUCGUCGAGCUCUUCGCGGGUCAGCAUGACCACUUCAGAGGCGGAGGAGAACUUCGUCGAGUCAAAACUUUUCAGCUGGAUGAGACUCUUCCGAUUUGCUUCGUUGCUUUGCCGUGCGGAGUAAUUAAGCCAUCGCAAGGAGAACAUGCGUGAAGCAUUUGUUGGUGGCCUACGCGCCAACAACAUUUGUGAGGGGGAAUUAUAUAGCAUAAACAAUAACAAUUACAUACGUAGUCAUAAAAAUGCAAUUAGUUUAUAGUGCAAACGCAAACCUAUCAAAGCCAAUAACCAUAAAGUCCAUUGAAUUAUUAAAAAACAAAAAUGAAAAAUAAAGAAAAGAAAAAUGUAGUGAACAAUGUUGAAAGUGAAGUACCGUUGAACUUAAAAAAUAAUUAGUAGUCAAAUUGGUCGAAACAAUAAAAUAUUUAUGAAAGUAAAGAAAAAAAGAUUCAAAGAAAAUACAUAUUUACAUAUUUUAUUAAAAUUAAUAAUAUACUAUAUAUGUAUACUAGCGCUUCUCUGUACCUUAAUUGUUGGAUGAAAACUUUAUUUUUAAAAAAUAUUCGAUGUUCUCGAAUUAGCGACAACUUGUUGAACACAAACUAGCACUUACUGAAAGCUUAUUAGUUUCUAGUAACUAACUAGUUUGCGCAGAAAAGAAGGAAAAUUAAAUAAUUCAAAACUAUUACACGUAGUGUAUUAAAUAUUUUACUGUUAUCCAGUAGGAAUUCCAUUUUUUAAGCAACUGUUUACAAAAAGAAAUAUUAAUUAAAACAAAUCUACAACUCUGGGAACUACUACAGGAAGUUCUACGUAUAAUUUAAACCUUAUAAAAAUCUCUAUAAAACACCCACAAGUUAACAAAGCAUAACUAGUCCCACUAAACCGUUAAAGUUCACAAAAAAUAGUUUAAUUUUCUCCACUAGUAAUGUUUAUAAGAAAUAGGCAAACAGCAAGCAAUAGAUUUACUGAAGAUAACACAAAGCAUUUAGUCCAAAGUUGCCAUUUAAUUAAAGAACAUACGAGUAUAUUGAACACAUACCUAUGUAUGUAUGUUUGUAUGUAGACACAUGAACUAACCUCAAAUGUUAACCAAAAUGCAAUAUGAAAUAGCACAAGCGUCGCCGAUAGAGACGAACGCCCGCACACAGGCGAGUACUGAAACACAAGCAUUACAUAUUAUAACGGGAAUGAAAUGUCACAAAGUCAAUAAAGGUACAUACUUAUGUACACAAGUAUGUACUAAAUCCAGUCAAAGAAUGGAGUAAAAUAUAUAUGCAUACAUAUAUUUAUGUACAAGUAUAUAUGUAUAAUUAUACCAUAUAAUGCAACUUUGCAUCUCAUCUCAUGAGAUUUUGCCGACUAAUUUUAGCUUUUAAUUGCAUCUUAGCCUAAGUCAAAGAGUUUAUCGAAUUGACCUGAAUUAUUAAAAAUAAAAAAUAUAGAAAACUAAAAAAAAAACUGGCUUCAAAAAGCGUUUAAUGUUCGAUACAAAUUACCUUGGAAACAAUAAAGAAAUGCAUGAAUCUGGUAUCAAUUA